GGUUUUUAUGGAUUAUGGUUAUGGACUUGUAUUUGUGGUUUUUUAUGGAUUAUGGUUAUGGAAUUUUCAUUUGUCUUUUUUACUCUUAUUACUAUGUCUUGGUUAUUACUUUGGAUUGGUUAAUAAACCAACAAAUGGUUUGGCUGAUUCCCUAGCCAAAGCUCUGCACCUCUCUCUCUCUCUCUCAAGCAUAAGAGAGUAAAGAUGGUUAAGUUCUCUAAGCAGUUUGAGGGUCAGCUUGGACCCUCUUUUUAUGGCCAUCAUCACAGAGAGCAUGGACCAAUCCAAGUUCAUAAGAAGCUGGCUUCUUUGGAUAGUAAUGGGGACAUGUAUGAGACUGAACUGCUGGAGCAGUUCAAUAAAAAGAAGCUACAUCAUGCCGAGAAAAUGAUCAGAGGAGCUUUCACUGAGCUCUAUAAAGGGUUGGGUUACCUGAAAACUUACAGGUAUAUCAUGUCAAAGCUUAAGCCUGCAUGAUGUAGCUUGCUUUUGUAAAGUAGGGCACUGCUACUAUAAUUAUAAAUAAAAAAAAUAAAUUUCUGAUUGGGGUUGAAGUUUUGACAGAACUGAUGAGAUUUAUAUAAAUUCUGUAUUGUUCUUGCAGGUUACUGAGGAACAAGUUCUACCCAUCUAUCUCAAAGUGGUUGAGAUAUCUAACUUGUAUGGUUGUAUUUGGUGAAACAUUUUAUGCAAAUACAUAUCUAACUUGUAUGGUUGUAUUUGCACGCUUCACACAUGUAAUUAGGCUUUGAUUUGUAAGUAAAUAACCAUUUAAACUUGCUAAUAAAGCUCACUAUGGUGCAGGAGGUCAAGUUAGCUGAUGAAGUUGAGGAGCCUUUUAUUAAGCACUUUGCUGAAGAUGACCGAAGAAAGGCCAUGAAAUAUCUUAAGCCACACCAGCGUAAAGAAUCUCAUGCUGUAACCUUCUUCAUUGGUAAUAAUCUUCAUCUAGAUUUUUUAUUUUUUAUUUUUUGUGAUAACUUGAGAAUAUAUUUUGUUAGGAUGGAUUAGUGGCAAAACUAGAAAAGAUAAGUCAAAUGAAAGUAUUUAUAGAGAUUUACAAAAGCCAAAUAGGUGGAAGUAGACUAAGAUGGUUUUCGUGGAAAGAAGAUAGUCUACCUAACUAGUAAGAUAGGGGCAGCCAGGCAGGCCAAAAAGAACACUAGUUAAGGUAAUGAGAAAUGAUUUUUGAACUUAGCCAAUGAUAUUAUAUAGUCCACGAAAAGAGGUUCAGAUGAGUAAAGUGGAGGUUCAGAUGUUAAGAUGGAUUAGUGGCAAAACUAGAAAAGAAGGGUAUACAGCACAAACAGUUAAAUGUUUUUGCACUUGAUUUACGUAUAUG